CUGCCGCGGGAGGAAGGGGAGUUUCGGAUGGAGAGGAUGGUGGUGGGACCACGGAAAAGGGGUGAUGCGGGAUGGGGUCGAGGGUAACCAACCAACAGAGGGUUUUGUCAUUGUUUAAAAAAAAGAGAGAGAGACACAAGAAGCGUGGAGUGAGGAGGCAGAUAUUUGGCGGGUGGGGGGUCUGCAGGGUGUUCCAAAUAGGGCAGCGGCCAGGGCCCUAAGCCUGGAGGCUCCUCUGUGAGGCCCUACCCCUGGGCCCCCAAGCCAAAAUGUCCCCAGAACAAAGCUGUCCUGUUGUGUUGUUUGUCUGAGUUGGGGAAAGCAUGUUUGGGGGGCCCGUUGCUGGAGAGGGGCUGUUCUCAGUCCCAGACAGAGGGAAGGCCUUGGCUGAGGAGCUGAUUGGCGCCCUGGCCUCCGGUUGCCCAGUGACAGCGAUGGCAGUGUUGGCAGGAGGUUUGGACAACCCCACCCCAUUCCCCCUCCCAGCUUGAGGCCUGGCCCUCCUGGGCCCCUUGACCCUGCAGGGCAUGUGAGAGCCUGUGUGCUGGGUAGGGUGUGCACGGGGUUCUCCGUGCAUCCUGGUCUCUGCCGGCUCCGCCGUGGAAUCUGCCCAGACAGGAUUCUGGGCUUGGCUCCCAAUCAGAGAACCUAAGAUCUGAGGGGCUCCUAAGCCCCCUGGCCUGCUUCUCUCCACAAUCAGUAGCUGUCUGUCCUCUGUCUGACUGGCUGAAUGGAAUCAUCUAGGCUCCUGCCGCCACCCCUCCUUGGCUCCUGCCAGGCCCUCACCCCACCUGUUGCCUGCAUCUCUCCAUUGCUCUGUGCGCUGGCUCUCUCACGGUCCCCUUCUAUCCGUCUUCCACAUUGUCUCUCUCUGCUGUCUCUUUGUUUGCUCCCCUUUUGUUCCCACAGUUUCCCUUCCUCUCACAUCCUGUCUGGGUCUCCCUCUGGCUCAGUCUCUAUCUCUUUCUCUCAACCAUUCUCUGCCUCUUGGUCUCUAAUCACGGUCUUUUGAUCUUUGGGUCUCUUAGAGCAGUGGGUGGGGAUAAUGGAGGUGAUGAUGACAGAGCUAGGAAAGGUCCUUGUGAGGCAGAACAGCUGAUGGUGAGGAAGAGCCUCUCUAUCUCUGUGUCUCUGUCUCUCUCUCCCUCUCUCUCCCCCCUCCCUAGUCUGCACCUCUCGGGCUCUGUUUCUGCUCUUAUUGAGUUUGUGUUUCUUUCUCACUUAGUCCCUGGAUCUCUGGCUUUCUCUCACACAGUCUCUUGUCUCUGUCCUUUUCAGGGUUCUCUUCCUCUCCUGACCUCUCUCUGCGACCCAGGCCUGGCUUGGUCUCGCUUUCUCUCACACACUCUCUCUCUGGGGCCCCCAGGCCUUCCCUGCCAUGCGACAUGUCAGAACCUGCCCGUGGAGCCCAUGGGGGCUGCUGCUGUCCCUGCUGUGCAGCUCCUGCCUGGGGUUUCCAUCCCCGGCCACGGCCCCCGAGGACAGGGCUGGCAGCCAGGGGCUGCGGUUCCGGCUGGCCGGCUUCCCCAGGAAGCCCUUCGAGGGCCGCGUGGAGAUCCAGCGAGCUGGCGAGUGGGGCACCAUCUGCGAUGACGACUUCACCCUUCAGGCUGCCCACGUCCUCUGCCGGGAGCUGGGCUUCACAGAGGCCACGGGCUGGACCCACAGUGCCAAAUACGGCCCUGGAACAGGCCGCAUCUGGCUGGACAACCUGAGCUGCAGUGGGACUGAGCAGAGUGUGACUGAAUGUGCCUCCCGGGGCUGGGGGAACAGUGACUGUACCCAUGAUGAGGAUGCUGGAGUCAUCUGCAAGGACCAGCGCCUCCCCGGCUUCUCAGAUUCUAAUGUCAUUGAGGUAGAACAGCACCUGCAAGUGGAGGAGGUGCGACUUCGACCGGCCGUGGGGCGGGGCAGGCGGCCCCUGCCAGUGACCGAGGGACUGGUCGAAGUCAGGCUUCCCGAGGGCUGGUCGCAAGUGUGUGACAAAGGCUGGAGCGCCCAGAACAGCCACGUGGUCUGCGGGAUGCUGGGCUUCCCUAGCGAAAAGAGGGUCAACACGGCCUUCUACAGGUGAAGGGAUGUGGGCGCUGAGUGGAGCGGACUGGGAUUGAGGGGUGCUCAUUAAGGGGUGGUGUCUCGACCCCCAGGAGGGCCCGGGGCUCUGCAACAGUGGAGAAAUAUGGAGGCCCUUUCGAAA